AUGGAUGAUGAUGUUGAUUCAGCAGAGAGAGACCUUGAUAAAGGCGAUUCAUCUUUUCACAAGCUAGGAAAAGGCAUUGUCACCUUUGUUAGAGCUACACUUGGCCUGGAGCAGGAUAUUAUGCGGCAAGCUGCUUCAAGGCUUAUGGAUGCUGAAACAAGUGCCUAUAAUGACCAGCAUAAAGCUCAGCACAAUGCAAAUGCUGUCAAUGCCUACCAUUCUACUAUAUAUGCUCCCGGGACCGAGUACUUGCUAUGUCAAUGUAUGGCCCAGCUCAUGGCCGCCCUGGUGGGAGUUCUCAGCGAGAGUUUUUCGGAGAGCAUAAAGGCAUUCUAUAAGCUGAGAAAGGCUUAUAUUGCACUCGAUAGUAUUGCUCAGAUGGAAGAAAAGUACCUGAAAGAAAACAACCUCAGCCUUGGAGUCGAUUCACGCUUCGAGAGUGCCAAUGGUAGCCCCGUUCCAGGGAGACCUGCAAGAACUGUAGACUCUUCGUCGCAAGCAGAACCAAAACCAGAAGCUAAGGCUCCCCUUCCAAGAUCAAUGUCAGCUACCUCCCUCGAGGAGGUUACAAAUGAAAGUUUUCAGAGCUCACAGAGACGACUUUCUCGGCUUACUUUGGGAAGUGAAAGUGAUGUUUCCAAAGUAGCCGAGGGGCCACAGGCCAAGCUUGACAUGGACGGGGAUGUCGAUAUCUUCUCCCAUCCCGUAGACCAUUUCAUUCACUCGGGAACCAGUCUUUGCUUUGGUAUGCUGCUUCUGUUCAUCUCCAUGGUACCUCCAGCUCUCAACAGGAUCUUAUAUAUUAUUGGUUUCCGUGGUGACCGAUCCCGAGGGCUACGGCUGCUCUGGCAAGCUAGCCAGUCUCAUACAUUGACGGGAGCUAUUUCUGCCCUGACCUUAUUAGCAUUUUACAACAGUUUCGUGCGUGCAGCUGAUAUUUUGCCUGACCCCGUUGAUGGAAAUGUGGAUGACAUCGAGGGCUAUCCAAUGAGCCGACUUGAGAGUUUGCUCGCAGAUAUGAGGAGCCGUUUCCCUCACAGCCAGCUCUGGGUCCUUGAAGAGUCCAGAAUGCGAGGAGCUAACAGGGAGGUAGAAGAGGCCCUGAGAUUGAUUCGUAAUGGGAAGAAGAGCCCUCUGAAACAGGUCCAGGCUCUCCACGUUUUUGAGAGGAGUAUAGAUGCCAUGCAUCUACACCAGUACGAGCUAUGUGCCGAGUCAUUCAUAGAGUGCUCCGAACUUAACUCUUGGUCCCGGGCAUUGUAUUUCUACAUUGCCGGCGCCGCACAUGUAGAACUUUACCGCAAAUACCUUAAAGAGUCACCAGAGAAGGCAAAAGAGCAUGGUAAAAAGGCCGAGGAACUCUUCCGAAAAGCGCCAUCUCAGGCAGGAAAGAAAAAAUUCCUGGCACGCCAACUUCCCUUCGAUGUGUUUGUUACCCGCAAGGUUGCAAAAUGGGACGCUCGCGCGAAGGAGCGGAACAUUCCCUUCAUCGAUGCAGUCGGUGUAUCACCAAUCGAGGAGAUGAAUUUCUUCUGGAACGGGCACAGCCGCAUGCCCGACGAACAGUUGGAUGUCGCGCUCCAAAACUUAGCGUGGUCAGAGUCCAACGAAACAUGGGCUUCUGAACCACUUGAUGAACACUCCAUAUUAGCUCUCCUCAGGGCUUCCCUACUGCGAGCCCAACGGAAACAUGAAGAGGCGAAGACUAUCCUGAAAUCUGAGAUUCUAUGCCACGACAGGGCGCUAUUCAAGGGUUCGAAUAAGGACGACUGGACCUGCCCAUCAGCACAUUACGAGAUGGCUGCAAACAUAUGGAUGGAACGCCAUUGUUACCGACCUUUCGGCCGUGCCACCUCUAUUCCAGCAUCUGAUAAGGAUGAUCAGCGCAAGGACGAGGCAACCCGUGCAGCCGAGGAUGAACGACGGGUACAGGAAUGUAAGGAGUGGCUUGAGAAGGUAUACAGGUGGGAGACAUAUGAACUGGACGCUCGGAUCGGACUGAAGGUCACCACUGCGCAGGAAACAAUCACCAAAUGGGAGGAGGCCCACACCAAAUAA